AUGUCGAAACCCACGAUUCUUUUCAUUCCAGGAUCGUAUGUUCUGUUGCCAGUGUACCAAUCGCUUUUCGAUGCGGUCUCGAAAGCAGGCUAUGACAUCAAGGGGAUUCAUCUGCCUACGAUCGGGCAGUCCAGUCGGGAAGGUAGAGAUGGGCCGGCACCCUCCAUGUACGAAGAUGCAGCAGUAAUCGCACAGGAGGCCAAGAAGCUCGCAGACCAGAGUAAAGAUGUGAUCCUCAUGGGCCACUCGUAUGCUGGUAUCCCCAUGUCACAAAGCACGAAGGGGCUGAGCAAAGAGGAGAGAAAGGCGCAAGGGAAACCCGGAGGGAUCGCCCGCCUGGCCUACAUAUCUGCCCUUGUCCCGCCAGUUGGGGGCUCCGCUGAAUCUCUUCUGAGUAGAUUUCCCAACGACAAAAGGCCUGCUGUGUCCGUUGAUGACAACGGCUGGAUGCUAAUGGAAGAUCCGGCGGCGACUGCUGCCAUGAUUUGUCAAGAGUUGCCUCCUGAAGAGGGCGAGGCUCUCGUCAGAGGCUUUGCAAAGCAGUCGGCACGGAGUUUUGGUGACGAAUUGACGCAUGCUGGGUACAAGGACAUCCCAGUAUCUUACCUGCUGUGCGAGGAGGACAUGGCCGGUCCUGCCGAGCUUCAGAGGGAGAUGAUAGCCAUGAUUGAGGAAGCGAGUGGUCGAAUGGUUCAUGUCAUAAGCGUCGCGGCGGGCCACUGUCCGAAUGUAACCGCCGAGAAGGAGACGUUUCAGUGGGUUUUGGAGGUUAUUAAUGCUUAA